AUGGGAUGUAUUAAUAGCAGUUCUCAUUAAAAAAGGAAGAAAGAUUUAGAUAUAAAUAAUGUUCCUAUAAUGUUAAAUAAUCAAAAAUCAUAAAAUAUUGAAAGAAUUCAAGAUAAUUGGUUAGAAAUGAAAAAUAACUCUAUCCUAGCAAGAAGACAUCAACAAAGCAAAUUAUCAUUAAAAGUUACAACUAAUUCAAAAUCUCCAUUGUCUUGUAUAAGUCGUAAUUGA